AUGUGUCCCCAUGAUGCUAUCUAUGUAAUUCCAGGUUGGCCAUUUGACAACAUCAUGUGUAAAAUGAGUGGACUGGUGCAGGGGAUGUCUGUCUCAUCUUCAGUUUUCAUUCUGGUGGCCAUUGCAGUGGAAAGGUUUCAUUGCAUUGUUUACCCUUUCAGACAGAAACUAACCCUGAGGAAAGCCCUAAUCACCAUAGUUAUCAUUUGGGUCUUGGCUUUGAUAAUCAUGUGCCCCUCUGCAGUCACCUUGACAGUCACCAGGGAUCAAUAUCAUUUCAUGGUGGAUACGUACAAUAAUUCCUACCCGCUGUACUUGUGGAAGGCAUGGCCUGACAAGCGCAUAAGAAAGAUCUACACAACUGUACUCUUUUCUCACAUUUACGGGCCCCUUACCUUAAUUGUGAUCAUGUACACAUGGAUCGCUUUCAAACUUUUCAAGUCCUCUGCGCCCAUAAGAGGUUCCCAGUCAGAGGAGAAUGAGGGGAGGAGGGUCUCCAAGAAGAAAGUCAAGGUUAUCAACAUGUUGAUCAGAGAGGCAUUGUUCUUCACUCUCUCCUGGUUGCCCCUGUGGACUUUAAUGCUGUUGACAGAUUAUGGAAACCUAACUGAGUACCAGCUCAACAUGAUCACAAUUUAUACCCGCAGCUGUAACCCAGCCUCGGUGACCGCGCCGCCGGGCGGGGAAAGCCACGUGCGUUCUUGA